AUGGUUAGAGCUAUUUACUCACCCGAAUAUUGUCUGCAAUAUUUAGAACAGUUUGCGUCUCAAGAAAUUUUCGUCACUGGAUUAAUUUUAGGACAGAUUACGAAUUCUCGCGAAAAUGUUAUACAUCUAGCUCGAACGCCAGAGGAAAAAAGUACAGACAACGUAUCCGAAGAAAGUUUCACUUCGGACAAACAAGAACCCGUAAAAAAUUUACUUGGAGUCUCUGAGGCAUGGGUUGCUGAUCAUGCCAAACAUGUGACAAGAAUGUUACCGGGUGGUGUGUUUGUUCAAGGUAUUUUUAUUACAAGCGAUGAGGACAUUUUUGAAGAACCGAACUAUUUUAGCAAAGUGAAGUCUAUUUUAAAUUAUAUGUACAGAAUACUAAACAGUAAUCGGUUUAUGUUUGCCAACUGUCCCGACUCCAAUGAAAGGUUGAUCUUACACAUGUCAACAAACACCAAGGUACUAACAUGCAAAAGUGUAGAAAUAGGUGGACCUAACAAGAAUACUUCUAUUAAACCAGUUGAAUGGAAAUUUUUGUCUAAACCACAGCAAUGGCAGAGGUUAGACUGUUAUUAUGAGUUUGAUGAUGUUUACCCUGUAAUUGUAAAGAACAGUGGUAUUUCAGUUAAACAACAGUUUCAGCAAAUACUCGAGUCGGCACAUAAAACAAUUGAUUCAAGUGUGAUGUUCAUUGAUGGUGAAUUGAAAGAUGGUUCGGAACAGUUGGAACAAAUCAUAAAAAAGAAAAAAUCAAAAAACAAUACUAAAACUUCACAAGACUUGCCUAAGUCUAUGCAUGUGUCAUUGUUUGUGCCAUUUGAGAAUGCCCUGCCUGAAACUGUGGAGUAUUUGGAAUGUGAUGGCAGUAUACACUUUAGUGGUGUGGUAUCUUCUAGUGUGUUUAUGUAUCCUAAGGCAACAGUUAGUGAAGCAAUUGCAGCAGUGAAACAAGAUAUUAUAAGAUCAUUAGCAUCUCGUUUUACUAUGCACUGUGAUGCGCUAAUUGAUGACAAUUUACUUCCUGAAGAGAAAGUUUGUUUUAAUGAGCCUCCACGGCGUGUGUUAGUGCCAGUUGGUUCACUAUAUCUCUGUGACUAUCUUUUCCCUGGUGAAGCCCCAGCAGAAGCGCUACUUUCCGUUAGAGAGUUACUGGAUUUGCAGAUUACUGAAACUGAUGUGAUUUGUGACAUUGAAACACCAGCAGAUACGUCAGAGUUUGACGCUCUUGAUCGAGACGCGAGCAGUGAAGAACUUUUAGCCACUCCACAAGAAGCAAGCCAGUUUAUGUACAUCACAGGCAUUUGCUUUGCUUUGUUUGUCUUGGUGAUCUCUAUUUUAGUUCAUUACUAUGAUGGUAUUGUAGAUUUUAUAGGUAAAAUAUUGACAAAGUCGUGA